AUGACUUAUGAAAUUGGGGACAGACUCAAGAUUGGUGGAUAUUUUUGCACCAUCAAAUUCAUAGGUGUUAUUAAGCCGUGGCCUUCGGUAAAAGCUUAUGGGGUGGAAUGGGACGAUCACAGCCGGGGAAAACAUUCUGGAACAAUAGAUGACAUACACUAUUUUGACGUUCAAAUUCCUAAUUCAGGAUCAUUUUUGAAGGAGUCUAAGAUUAAAUCUCCAGGUGUACGCAGAAUUACGUUUUACGAAGCAUUGUCAGAAAAGUAUGGAGGCUCGAGUAAUAACAUUAAUGACCUAUCUAUAGGUAACAAAAGGGUUGAGGGUUUGGGAUUCGAUGAACUAAAUGCGAGAAAUAAGAAUUAUAAGAAGUUAAGAAAAAUAGCUUUGCGAGAUUCCGAUGUCGCUAUAUUGUUUCAAAAUCAAGAUGAGUUAAACCGUGUAAUACAAAAUUGUGUGAACGUCAAGGACCUUGAUUUAUCGCUUAAUCUAUUCACGAAUAUCAACUCUUUAUGUGAGUUCAUAGAACCUUUGAAGAACUUGGAGAGCCUUAAUAUAUCUCAAAAUAAACUUUUAAGCGGUUGGGACAACUUGAAAGAAUAUGACCUAUCACACAUCAAAACUUUACGUCUGUCUUCCUGUGGUUUAAGUUAUAAACAUAUUGGUAAGCUGCUCAAAAGCUUCAGGACACUGAAAAUGUUGGAUUUAAGCUAUAACAACUUGACCAGUGCGGGAAUCCAAAAUUUUGAGAAUGAAAUACCGUGUACUUUGGAGGAACUGAAUAUUAGCGGAAAUAAUCUUAUAUCGUUUCCAUUGUUUCCAAAAAAUUUGACAUUGAAAGGUUUAAAUGUCUCCAAUAAUCAAAUUUCUAGAGCACCAAGUAUUGCUAUUUAUUCUGUUGAAUCCUUGGAUAUAACAGAUAACAAAUUUAAGGAAAGAAGUUUGAUAGAUGAUUUGAAUAAGACAUUUCCCUCUUUGAAAAAUAUCCAUCUGAGUGGCAACGAAUUCAACUACAACGGAAAUUAUAUUAACGUCGAAGAACAGGCUACUUUUUAUGAAGUACUGGCUAGGUUUGAUCGUGUGAUGGUAUUGAAUGGAUCAAUAUGUGAUGUAAAAACAAGAAGAGAGGCUGAGAUGUUUUUUGUUUCCAAGGUAAUGAAUAACGAAUUGAGCUAUGACACCAAUCUGCCGCGUUGGUCAAGCCUCAUAAAGUCGUAUGAAAUCGAUAUGAGUAAGCUAAGUUUCAACAAUGAAAGAGAAACACGGCAAUCUCUUGUCUUAAAAAUAAAGAUAAGAGCUGGCAAGAAGCCGAGUAGUGAUUUAGAUUAUUGGGUCCUUCCCAGUUUUACAGUAAGGUACGUUAAGAGUGUAAUAUGUCGAAAGCUAAACUUUGACAUACUGAAUGUUAAGUUAUUUCAUGAAAAUUCUGAAGGGAUGAUAAACGAAAUAAAGUAUAAUUUUCGCCCCAUUUCAGAUUUUAAUGUUGUGAACGGAGAUAUUAUUCAUGUUUCGUCUCCAGUAAAUAACAAGAGCAUUCAGAAGGUUAACAGCCCAUCGUAA